GUAGUACUUUUACAAUAUAAAUUAUGCUCUUAUUGUAGCUAUAUACAAAAUGUGUUGAAUAGUAAAUGCGAAUUUCAGAGUUACACACCCGUAAGAAAAGCUUUGCUGUGAAAUAUGGAUAAUAUCACAAAUUAUUCAUACAAAGUAUGAAAUAUUUGUCAUGCCAUAAUGUUUUUAAGACAAAGGUAUAUUUUGAAUCGCUUUAUGCUUAGUAAAAUUCAUAACUUUCGAAUAAAUAUGUGUACAAUUACAGAAAAUAAUACAUAUUUAUUAUGUAAACAUUUGGAUAUAGAUGAGUGUCAAGCAAAACUUUUACAAUUAAAACAACCUGUUUUAAAACAAAUUAGCGAAAAGGAGUUUAAAACAUUGACUGAAACUGUCAAGGAGCUUGGUUUUUCUACUCAGACAUUGAUUUUAAACCCAGCAUUAUUUGGUGUAUUACCAAUAACACUAAAAUAUCGCUAUAAGGUUUUAGAAGAAUGUGGACUGCAGAAUAUAAAACCUGGAGACUUGUUAAGAUAUUUAAAUAUAGUGAAACAAAAAACUAUAGGACAGUUGAGAAGUGAUGGUCAUAUUCCCCACUACCUCAACAUUGAGAACAGACUUGCAAGUUUUAUGACACAGUGGCCUACAUCUCUUACAACUUUGAUAUAUGGUGGUAUUGAUAUCAAAGAAAUUAUAAGAUCACAUCCAAAAAUAGCUAUGAAAAAUUUUUCUAAUAUGGUUGAAAUAAGAAAAAUUUUACAAGAAUUUGAUGUUUCCAAUGAAGCACAGAUAAGAUGCUUUGAGAUUUACACAUUAAGUCCAGAAACUAUUAGAGCAAGACUAGAAAAUGCUAAGAAGACUCCAGAGUUUAUAACAUAUUUCAAUCAUCCACGUUUUCUAAAAAUGAUACAUCACAAUAAAAAAACUACAAAAAGACUAAUUAACUUAUAUAGUCAAAACAAAAAAUGUGUCAGUUUAAAUAUACUAUCAGGUAGUUUUUCUAACUAUGAAACAUUUGAGAAAAUGCACGGGGAUCGCUUGGGAAAGGCAAAAGACUUAUUAUUCUGCAUUUGUGAAAUUUUAGGAAAUACAUCUUCUGCCAGUGACAUAAGAAAGAUACUCAGAAGGCAUCCAUUUUGGCUUAAUAUGCCACUGGUGCAAAUAAAAUAUGUUGCAGAACAGCUCUUAAAGAAGUUUUCACCAGAAGAUGUAUUUGAAAAUUGUACAAUAUUACUUUAUCCUUGGAAUAAAAUAAGAGAUACAAUGGUUAUUUUACACCACAGAGAGUUGUUAAAACUGCACCCUUUUGAUCACUUAGACAUUUCUAGACUUAAUGACUCGCAGAAGCUAAGUUUAGUACUUUAUUUAUUAGAAAAAAAACAUUACUUUACUGGAAAUGGAGUGUGGACAGAAGAUAAAAAUAAAAAUACUGAACUAACAAUUCAAACAAAAAACAUCCCUAAAUCCAUUUUGAAAAUAGCACAAAACUAA